UGAGCAAAAUGACUCACUGAAUGCUGCAUUAAAAGCUGAUCACACUCUGGAGGGAAGAAAACUUUUAUUGACUCUAAAAACUGGAAAGAAAGAAUAAAUCACAUUUCUUUAUUGUAGUUGUAAUAGAAAUAAACUUAGAUAACAAUGGCUAAAAGUUUGGAUUUUGAAAUUUCUGAUCUCGAAGAAACAUUCAACAAAGCUGCAAGUCAUUUACAGAUGUUGGUAUCAAAAUUAGACACAGGUCAAUUGUUGGGCUUUUAUGGCCUCUAUAAACAAGCCACUUGUGGUCCAUGUGAUACACCAGCACCUAGUUGGUAUCAGAUGCAAGCAAAGCACAAAUGGGAAGCUUGGAAAAGUUUGGGAGACAUGAGCAAAGAAGUAGCAAUGGGAAGUUAUAUCAGAGCUGUUGGAAAACUGGAUUCAAACUGGGAAAAGGACAGCAGGUUAGAAUCUAAAGCUUGGGUAGUUGUAAGCAGGUUACCAAACACAGAUACAGAACUGAAAGAUAUUGACAAGACAGUUUUUGAUUGGGUAAAAGAUGGCAAUGAAGAAAAGGUACGAUUGUUUUUGUCUCGCAAUCCAAAAGAUGUAAACUCAAAAGAUGACAAUGGUAUGUUGCUAAUACAUUGGGCUGCAGAUAGAGGUGAUGUUGAGAUUUUCAAAUAUCUUGUUGAAGUUGGAUCAGAUAUUAAUGCUGCUGACAUGGAAAACCAAACUCCUCUGCACUAUGCUGCUUCUUGUGGACACAAAGAAAUAGUGAAAUAUCUCUUGACGAUGAAUGCAAAAUUUGUUAAAGAUGAUAGUGGUUUGACACCGAGAGAUGUUGCAGACACAAGUCUUUUACCUCUAUUCCAAACAAUACAUCAAUAACUUUUUUAUGUAUAAAACAAGCCUGUAUAAAAAAUUGUUAAUAAUAAAAGAUCUUUGUUGACAAAGUUUGUUAGUUGAAUUAAUUUUGUGAAAUUCGAAAUUAUUUUCAAAACAGGGGCCUGCAAUGGCUCGGUCGGUAGGGCGACGGACUCAUACCCAGUAGGCCCAGGUUCGAUUCUAAGGCCCCGGUCCCAUAGGU